AUGCGUUCCGUCCUCCUCGCGUCGCUGGCUUCGCUGUCAGCCAUCAGCGUCUAUGGCCACCCUCAACCCACAUGGCAAGGCCGAAGCACACUUGCUCGUCGUGCUGUCGACCUGGACUCAUACCGCCUGAAGCACGCUGCCUCGUACAAGAACACGGCCGACGUUGUGGCUGAUCCUAACAUCAACACACUUGCGAAGCGUGCUAGUGCUGAGGACAUUGCCACCGACCUGGUCAAGGCUACGCUCCCCGAUGCUGAGUUCCGUCUCGUCAAAGACUCCUAUGUCGGCGAUAACGGAGUAGCUCACUUCUACUUCAAACAGACCGCCAACGGUCUUGACAUCGAUACAGCUGACUUCAACGUCAAUGUUGGUCGUGAUGGCAAUGUCUUUUCUUUCGGAAACUCAUUCUACAAGGGUGCCAUCCCAGCACCGCCUAGUUUGAGCAAAAGGGAUGGUGCCGCACCUGCCAAUGCCCUCAAGUCAGCUAUCAAUGUUCUUGGUCUGCCAAUUUCCGCUGAGUCAGCUAUUGCUGAGGCGAAGGAAGCUGCCGAGACUUAUGCUAUCAAGAAAACCACUGGAUGUGUCAGUGAGCCUGAAGCACGUCUCGUCUACCUUGUCGAUGAGGAGGGAAAGCUCGCUCUUACCUGGAGAAUCGAGACUGAUGUCAUGAGCAACUGGCUUCUGACAUACGUCGACGCGGAAGAUGGCGAGAAGGUACAUGCCGUUGUCGAUUACUCUGCGGACGCUACCUACAACGUCUACCCCUGGGGUAUCAACGAUCCGUUUGAGGGAGACCGUCAGCUAACGGAAGAUGACUUUUCUCCCAAGGCUAGUGAAUUCGGAUACCACAGCGAUGGCACUACGUCAUUCAAGACAACCCGUGGCAACAACGGUAUUGCCCAUACCAACUGGGAGAACGUGAACAGCGGUUUUCUCAACCUUCCCCGUCCUGUCAGCGAGUCUCUGACCUUUGACUACCCCUUCUCGCUUAACGACACCAACUGGAAGGGUUAUGCCAACGCCUCUGUCACCCAACUCUUCUACACCGCCAACAAGUACCAUGAUGUUUUGCACACACUAGGUUUCAACGAGAAGGCUGGAAACUUUGAGAUCAACAACAACGGCGCGGGUGGUGCUGGCCAAGAUUUUGUCUACCUCAACUCUCAGGAUGGCUCAGGCCUGAACAACGCCAACUUCGCUACACCCCCCGAUGGUCAGCCAGCACGCAUGCGCAUGUAUAUCUGGAACAGCACAACUCCUUACCGCGACAGCUGUUUCGACGCUGGUGUUGUUAUUCACGAAUACACGCACGGCCUCUCUAACCGUCUAACAGGUGGACCCGCAAACGCAGGAUGCCUGUCUCUCCUGGAAUCUGGUGGUAUGGGAGAAGGCUGGAGCGAUUUCUACGCAACAGCUAUCCGUCUCAAGCCUGGUGACACUCGCGCCACCGACUACCCAAUGGGAGACUGGAUCAGUGGCCGUCCACUUGGAAUCAGGAACUACCUGUACUCUACAGAUCUGAACCAAAACCCUCAGGUAUACUCCGACGCAGACUCGUACGAGAAGGUCCACCCCAUCGGUAACAUUUGGGCGUCUAUGUUGUACGAGGUCCUCUGGAACCUCAUUGACAAGCAUGGCAAGAACGACGACUGGCUACCUACCUUUGACGACAACGGCGUGCCGACUGAUGGCAAGUACCUCGCUAUGAAAGUCGUCAUGGACGGCAUGGCACUUCAACCUUGCAACCCUACUUUCGUUUCUGCUCGCGAUGCCAUUGUGGAUGCGGACAAAGCGCUUACGGGUGGCAACAACCUUUGCGAGAUCUGGAGUGGAUUUGCCAAGAGAGGUCUGGGUGAGGGUGCGGUAUAUGCGCCCACAGGAAGGACGAACAGCUUCGACAUUCCUGAGGGUGUCUGCGGCAGUGGAAACUCAACUACUAAGCUGCACAAGAGGCGUGUUCAGCCUGUCGACCUGAAGUACUAG